GACUCCUGUGUACAUUUUAAAAUGUCCUUGGAGACGGAUCAUUUUCAUACUCCACUAAAAAAAAAAAUUGAUUUUUAUCAGCUAUAUGUACAUUAAAUAUGCAUAGAGACGUGACUAGACUACCAACUCUGAUAGAACAACAAAUCAUAUGGUGUGAAGAUGAAUGGUCAGAUAUUGAACGACAAUUUGAAAAAGAAGGAAUUGACUAUAAUCGAUUGAAGACUGAAGACAAAUUAAUUCAUGUUUGGAGAUGGUUAGUUGAUGCUGAUAUUAAUUUACAAAAUGCUAGAAAAAUGAUUGAAAAACUUCGUUUGAAACAAAAUGAAGAAUUAGAGGAUAUGGAAAAUUACAUGGUUCAUGUACGAGUACUUGCUGAUAAACGUAUUGAUGAUAUGGAAAAAACUAUGUCUAUUUUAGCCGAACAAGUUGCAAGACUUGAAUGUGAACUAAAUAAUUUAGAAUCAAUAGAUGGUGAUAAUGUUUGUGACAAGGUUUCAAACUUGAUUCUUGCAUAUAAAUCUCUUAUGAAUGAAGUAAACGUAUUAAAAAAGUUCAGAAGUUUUGAUAUCAAUGGUAUGUGUAAAGAAACUGAUGAUGAUUUAAUGAUAGAAAUGAUCAAGAUUUCUGCUGAAAAAGAAUCAUUAAAACAACGAGUAAAAGAGCUGGAAGAUUGUAUUAGUAUUUAUGAAAACUCGACUAAAACAGAAUUGAAUACACAACUAAUGUCAUUGGAGAUAUCUGAAAAUUCAAACAAAAAUGAUGGGAAAGAUUCUUUAUUAGACAAUUCAAUAUCUUGGAACAAAAAUAUGACAAAUGAUGAUACAUCAAGUAUGAGCAUUCAAUUAUUUAGUGAUAAAACAAAAUCUGUCAAUAUUUUUGGAAACAAUAUUUUGAAAUGUGCACAAGAAGGAAAGAGUGAUAAUCAAAAACAAAAUGUUGAUGAAAUUACAAAAAAUUUUGAACUAAAAUCUACACCACCAAGUCUUCUGUCCAGUGAACUAGCUACACCACAGCAAAUUUCAACUAUAUUGCUUACAGAUGAAAUUUUGAAUAAUCAAGCAUAUGAAUUAAAAAAAUUAAAAAUGGAGUUGGAAGUCCAAAAAACUUUGAUGUCAUCCCUUGGUGAAAAAUACAAUGCAUUAGCACUUAAACAUUUACAAUACAAAUCAAAAAGAAAAAUGCAAAUUGAAGCUUUGAAAGGUAAUUUGGAAGCUAGUCAAUGCCAAAUGGAAUCUUUUAAGACACAAUUAAACAUACAAAAACGUAGAUUAAAGACAGAAGAAGAGUUUCGUAAGCAAAUCGAAACAGAUUAUAGAUCUUUGCAAGAAGAAAAACGCAAUACGGAUAUUCAAGUUGCAAUAUCAGAAAAUGAACUUCGUAAUAUGGCAAGACAUCUCAGUGUGUUACAUAAAAAAGUGGUUAUGUUAGAAGGUGCUAAUGCUGAUUUGUUAUCAAAACAUUUACAUCUGGUCUAUAAAGAUUCACAUAUGCAUAAAAGCACUACAUGUGAUUGUAUUGCUACUGUUCUUUCUGAUGAUAAAAAAAAUUAAAACUAACUUUAUUUCUUUUAUUUGUAUUUGCAAUUCUUAAAUAUUUAUGAUUUUUUACAGAAUUAUGGAAAAA